CACGUUCAAUUCUAUCAUGUAUAUAUCUAAUACGUAGGUAAUGGUUCACCAUUUAUAGGUAGGAACAUUAUUUAAAAAUAUUGAAUAUUCAUUAGCUAACUAUUAAGUGCUAUUAUCAGAACUCAAACACUACCUUGACCUUGUCAAGUUCUCAGUAGAUCUUUCUGUGUAUAGAUUAGACGUGCCUAUGAUAUUUUUAUAGCCACCAACAUUUGAACUAUUUGAGUAACAAGAUACCUACAUUCUGUGAUACUGUGAGUAUAAAUAGAUGAUUAAUCAAAAUUGAGGAAGAAAAAUUAUUUUAUUCUUAUCACCAAAUUAUGGAGGUUUCAUCAACAUUUAAUGGAGUUGUAGAUAGGUACAAUGGUAUAACAAUAAAUUCCAAAGAUGAGCCCUGUGAAACACAUAUUUUUAGAGACAUGCUUUUGAAUUCGUUAAAAAAAUGGUCAGAUGAAAAAAGAAGAUGCAUUUGGUUCAAUGUACACAUAAAGGAUGCUACUUGGGUUCCAAUAUUAGCUCAUGAAGACUUUCAUUUUCAUCAUUCUAGAGACGAUUUCGUUAUGAUGUACAAAUGGCUACCAACAGAUAGAAAAGCGAACUUGCCACCGGGCUGCCAUACUAAUGUGGGUGUUGGUGGGUUGGUAUUCAAUAGCAGUGGUGAGAUACUUGUUGUAACUGAGAAACAUUUUGAGUAUCCUCAUUGGAAGCUUCCUGGAGGAUAUGUGGAGAGAGGUGAAGAUAUAAAAGAUGCCGCUAUAAGAGAAGUGAAAGAAGAAACUGACAUAGAUUGUUAUUUUGAAUCAAUGGUCACACUCAGACACUCGCACGAUUCAAUGUUUGGAAACUCUGAUAUUUAUGUAAUUGUUAUGUUAAAAGCUACCUCAGAUACAAUUCAUAAGUCAGAUCUAGAAAUAAAGGAAUGCAAAUGGAUGGAUAUUAACGAUUAUCUCAACCAUCCAAAUGUUCAUGAGUUUAACAGGUUCAUUCUUAGACAGGCGCUCGACUUAAAAAAGAGAAAUUUGAAAUUCGACUUGCAAAAAAACACUGUAAAAAUUUCCACAUGGACCAGAGAUAUAACUUGUCUUACAUUAGAAGAUGUAAAAGAAUAAUUAAAUACUUACCUACUUACUUCUUGAAAAAAAUUGUGUUAGAUACCUACAUUCCUACCGAAAUAUAAUAAUAUGUAAAUAUAAUUAUGAAUUAUUAUAUUGUUAUGUAUUUAAAUAUAUGUAGUAUGUAUAUAUCUGUA